GAAGCCUAUUGUGAAAGCGGUUUGACAUUAGUGCUAGGUGUUGAUUCUGUAUGCCGGAAGGAAGAUCGUGCAUGUUCCGUGCAAGGACUGGGUGGUACAGGAACUAAUCAUGAAACAAUGUUGAAAGAAGCUGGUUUUGAAGUUAGAGAAUAUCGAUAUUGGAAUAAGAAAACCUUCAACAUCGAUUUUGUUGGAUUACUAGAAGAUUUAGAAGAUGCACCUGCCAAAAGUGUCAUCUUGUUACAUGGCUGUGCUCACAAUCCUACUGGGUGUGAUCCAACUAAAGAACAAUGGCAGCAGAUUGCUGAAAUUAUUCAGCGAAGACAUUUAUUUCCAUUUUUCGAUCUAGCAUAUCAAGGUUUUGCAUCGGGGGACUUAGAUGAAGAUGCGUGGUCUAUUCGAUAUUUUGCAGAUACAUUAAAUCUUGAAUUAUUUGUUGCGCAGUCAUUUUCGAAAAACUUGGGUCUUUACUCUGAUCGUAUCGGUCAAUUGAUUGCUUGCUUCCACUUCCCUGAGACAGUACCGAUAUUUCUUUCUCAAAUAACAUUAGUCGUGAGCAGAAAUUAUUUAACUCCACCACAACAUGGCGCAGAAAUUGUAUCAACAGUGUUGAAUACUGAAGAGUUAUAUCAAGAAUGGAUUUUAGAUGUUAGAAGGAUGUACAGCCGGAUUCAAACGAUUCGACAAAAACUUUACACUCGACUGAAUGAAUUGGGCACACCUGGCACUUGGACGCAUAUUAUUACACAAACAGGAAUGUUUGCAUUUACUGGUUUAAAUCCUCAACAAUGUCGCACAUUAGUGCACGAGCAUCAUUGUUAUAUACCGUCAAAUGGACGAGUCAACAUGUGCGCGAUCACAAAAGAGAAUGUAGAUCAUGUAGCCGAAAGUGUUCAUCAAGUUAUUGUAACUCUUCACAGAUUAUCACGUCACAGUUCAGAACUAUCAGCCAUUGUAAUGCAAAAUUGUCAGUGA